CCACAAUCCUUUCAUAAGCACAGACACGUGUGAUGGGUUUAAAAUCACCACAGCAACAGGAGCGUGGAAGUGAAACCCGUCUUAAAACCAUGCUUAAAACCUGUUAAUUUGCACAACUGUUAAUAGUGGACAGCACCACUAAUAAUGAAAGCAAACGUGAAAUUUUCGCCUUUACAGAAAAGUGUGCAACAGAGGUUUUAAGUGACGUUCAGGUCUAGAGUUUGGGCUGGCCAUGACAGGGUCCUUAUCUGGUGGUCCUCCAUCCACACCUUGACUGACCCGGCUGUGUUGCGUGGAGGAUUGACCUGCUGGAAAAACCAAUCCUCAGAGUUGAGGAACAUUGCUUGCAGGUGUUGGGCAAAGCUGAAGAUUGGACUCAUCAGAGAUGAUUCAAUUCUGAUGGUCUUUUGCAAACCCCAGCCUGGCUCUUCUUUGCUUCUCAUUGAUGAAGGGCUUUGUUCUAGCUUUGCCCUGUCCCUAGGAGUCAUACAUACAUGCCAUACAUGUAGAGAUGCUGAUUUAAGAAGAAUUUGGAGUGGUCUCUUUUUUUUGUUUGUUUGUUUUUCAGAGCUGUAUAAUAUUUAUCUGUAGAACCAUGAGUUGUUCAUUAAUUAUUUAUGCAAGUUAUUUAAUAAUGAAAUAAAUCACAGAGUUCCAGCGCUAAAGUUAGAGACCCUGCAAGACACGGAGGAGGAGCAUUUCCCCAUAAUUCCAAAAGAUGCUGCUAUCAAGAUUUUCACAGGAGAACUGACUGCAAUCAAAGCAGGAGGAGCUUACCGAGGACAGGAAACUGCAAACAGUAAUUGAGCAGGUUAUGGUGGAUCAGCUGUCAAGGGCUGUCAUUAGUGAUCCGGAGCAGAAUGCUGUGUCUGUCAGUCCCAUGAGUGUCCCUCCACGCUACAGGAGAACUCUCAACCACACUAAAAAUCAGAAGUCUGCUUUCAAGCCAGGAUUUUAUCAAGGUAAAAACAGAUGGAACGCACUGCACUUUAUCGCGCGUGGUGUGUAUUUGAACAGAGGGAGGCCGUACUGCCCGCAGGACAUCUCACAGGGUGCCGAGCUUCAUUUCUGUGCAGACGGCCCACACCUCCCACAAAGUCUGAGACAGCAGCCGUGCCUGACCCUCAGAGUUACUGAUGUGGAUAACACAGCCAAGGGAGCCCUGCUAACUCAGUCUGGGGAAACUUUACAUCGUCUCUCUGAAGAGGAAAUCCACGAUCGAAACGCUCUAAAGGAAAUUCAAGGUACAGUGCAUGAUGGGCCAAGUUGACGUGCGUUUGGGA